CUCUUGACCUCGAGGUGCAACUGACCGACUCUACGACCUCUGGCAGGUUCCCUAAUUCUUUCCUUCGUUCUUUUCGCCUCCUCGCGUCCGUUCUUCCUUCACAAUGGCGUCCAGCAGCCGCGCGGCAGAGCCGUCCCUCGUGUUUGACAAGCUUGACAUUGACAUGGUUGUCAAGGUCCUCACGCAUACUGCGUUCGGUCCCUUCUUCCUGUUCCUUGUCCCUGUUUUCUUCUUCUUCCAGGGAGUUCCCCUCGAUGAUCCUCUCAUCCGCUACUCGACGUAUUGGUUCCUCCUCGUGUGCUUUGGCUGGUUCGUCAAAUGGUGGUCUACGCUACACCGCAACCAAGGCAGCUUCCUGUUUGCUCCGCCUCCUCUGGACUGGAGCGAGCAGGUCGUGCUCAUCACCGGAGGCGCUUCUGGCAUCGGCGAACUCCUGGCGAACACGCUGGCAGUACGCAACGUCGCAGUAGUUGUCCUAGACAUCGCGCCUAUACAGAGUGACCAUUAUAACAUCGCAUACUACAAGUGCGACGUGUCCAAAUGGGAGGAAGUAGAGGCCGUUGCCAAGACGGUCAUCGAAGAGAUCGGCCAACCUACGAUCAUCGUUAAUAACGCAGGUAUCGUGCAGACGAAGCUUAUUCUUGAUUUGUCGCCCGCCGAGAUCGAGAGGACAUUCGCCGUCAACACCUUGUCCCACUUCUGGACUCUGAAGGCUUUCCUUCCGGGGAUGAUUGAACAGAAGGCCGGCCAUAUUAUUACCAUGUCGUCUGCGCUGGGCUUCGUUGGCACCGCUCAAAUGGCCGACUACAACGCCUCCAAGGCGGCGGUGCUGUCUCUCAACAAGUCGCUGCGUUACGAGCUUGACAAGAGGUACAACUGCCCCGCCAUCCGCACCACCGUCGUCUGCCCCGGCCACGUCUGGACGAAGAUGUUCCGCGACGUCCGCCUGCCCACCUACCCGCUCUUCUCCUUCUUCGCACCCUCCAUCGAGCCCGUCGCGGUGGUCAAGCGCAUCGUCCAAGCCAUCGACGACCAGAACUCGCAGGAGAUUUUGCUGCCGUUCUAUGUCAAGUUCAUCCCGUUCUCGCAGCUGCUGCCGAGUUUCUUGGUGGACCUUGUGCAGAAGAUGUCGGGCGCAGACUACGCGUACGCUCACCUGAGCGGCGCCGAGACCAUGAAGAGUGGGUAGUUGGCCUUAUUGUUGUACCUCGGACCGUCGUCUUCGUGGCGGUGAUGAAUGUAUCGCCAUUUGGUGUCCUUUGUUGUCGGCACGGAUGGAGCGAGGCCGUACGGUCGGACAGCCUGCAUAGUUGAAGAGCGUGCCUCGUGGUCGGCGGCUAGCGGGUACAAAGGCGCGCUUGAACAUAAAGGAUGUCUCGGGCAGACCGUCGGAAACAAAGAUUUUCUGGCGACCCGGGUACUAUAUAACCAGUGUGACCUACCCACGCAUACCUUCCUGCGCCCGCCUCUCUUUCUGUACUGCCUCUACUAGAGCCCGCCCGCCACAAACCGUCUGGUGCCUCAUACCCUGCAAUAGGCUGGCCCGUUGCAUUCUCGAAACCUCUACGCAUACUACAGUCGCUCGCUCUUCCCGGCCUAGACCUUCUCCCCCUUUCUCUGCAUUCUACCCUAUAACGGAACCUAUACAGAGCUUUCAUCGCGAUAUGCUUCGC